UCACAAAUCUCACAAAAUUUCACACUACUUCAUCUUCUUCCACCUUGCUAGCACAAAUGGCUUUGGUUUCAACUCAAAAAUUGGCAGCGUAUUCUACUUCUGCCCGUGGAAAGCUUACCUUACCACAACAUGUGGUUGGGAAAAUACGUAUGCUUUUUCCUCCAGCACUGCGAAAUGCAGGAAAGGCAGAAUUGAUUAUGUUUUUGGAGGACCCUAAUGAGGGUAGUCUCCCGUUUGUGGUAACCGCGUCGCUUCAAAAACUUAGGAAAAAGGGGGGAAAUUGUGUGAGAGUCGUUCUCUUGGAGAGUGGGUGGAUGCCUAUUGUUAGGAAACUUCAACUGGAAAAAGGAGACACGGUGAGAGUUUCUCUCUUAAAUAAGAUGCCGUGGACUUAUUCAAUUGAUGUGGAAAGGGUUCCAGAGGCCGGCCAAAUUGAUGCUGAUGCCAUGGAUGAGGAUGUAGUACCGGAAGAGGCUCCAAGAAGGAUCAUAUUUGACCUGAACGAGCCUGCCCCACUCGACAUGGAUCCGAACCAACCGAAUCAACAGGGAAGGAUGAUGUUCGACUUCGACCUCAAUGAACCGGCACACCCCGACAUGGAGACCAAUCGCAACGAUGAAGACUGAAGGAUGGGAGCAGGAGAGUGAAUCGGUUCUUUUUGGACUGCUUUGGAGAUUCACUUAUACGACCGUUCUACUGAUGUGGCAGAAGUGUUAUUUUCUUUUAGCAUGUACUAGUGUUAGUGCUGUUGUCGUUGUUGUUCUUUGUUUGGAAUUGGGUUUUUUUUUUUUUAAUGUUUAGGAUUGGUUGCUUUUUUUUCGAUGUUUGGGACUAGUCGCCUUUUUAUUUUAUUUUUUUUAUUUUAUGUGUGUUUGUGAUAUUUUAUAUCUGCAAUAAAGUAUUUAUUUAAAA